AUGGUUAAUCUUACGAAACCUGAGUUUGUUACCCUUCAUAGUUCGAGCAAGAACUACCUUUCAUGGAUGUUGGAUGCUGAAAUCCAGCUUGAUGCAAUGGAUCUUGGAGACACCAUAAAAGAUGAAAACAAAGCAUCAAAACAGAACUGUGCAAAAGCAAUGAUAUUGUUGCGUCAUCAUCUUGACGGAAUUCGAAAAAUUGAGUAUCUCACAGUUAAGGAUCCACUUGUUUUGUGGAGUAGCCUAAAAGAAAGAUAUGACCACUUGAAUAUGCAACAAUAUCGAGAGAAAGGUUUCAAAAAGUAUUUUGAACUAAUUUCUCAUCUUCUCGUGGCUGAGCAAAAUAAUAAUUUAUUAAUAAAAAAUCAUGAGAAACCUACUAGAUCUGAAUCACUUCCUGAAGUGAAUGAGGCGUACGCCCACCAUGCUAGGCGUGGAAAAGGUCCCGGUCAUGAUCAUGGUUGUGGAUGUGGAUGUGGAUGUGGACGUGGUCAUAAUUAUGGUCAAGAACGGAAAAAAAUUCAUGGUGUUAAUCAUUCAUCAAAUAAAAAUCACAUUCAAAAGGAAAAAGGAAAGGAUGAGAAGCGUAGGGCAGGUUGUUUUCGAUGUGGUGGAAGAGGGUAUUAUGCACGUGAUUGUCGUACUCCCAAAUACUUGAUUGAGAUUUUUCAAGAAUCAUUAUAG